UUCAAAAUGAGACAGUUAAUGCUGUAAUGGCUCAAACAUUUUUACCAUGCAUGAGAAAUUGGAACAACAGGCGUGAGUAGGCGUGAGAUCAAAGUUUUUGGUCCGCAGGCAUGACACUUCUCACAGAUAUAGGUGAAUAAUGCAAAUUCUUGAAACAAUGAGGGAACACCAUGUCAGACACCCUUGUACCAUCCUCAGACCUCCAGCUACACUGACUUGUAAUGCUUGUCUUGUGAAAUUAUCUAGCUGUUAGUGUACUUGUAGAUUAACACAAAAACUUGUGAGGAAUUUCAUGGUACUUCCCCUACAAAUAGUAAUAUUGUUGAUCAUCAGUCACUGAUGAAACCCCACCUACAUGUGUAAUUUACAAUCUUUUGUUAUGAUUACAGACAUUACAAAUCUUCAUUAAGAGAAAGACCAGCCAGAGGGGCUAAACCUGUUUUUGGUAAGUGAAAUACAGCCAAACCUGUAUAUAAAGGCCCUGUAUAUAGCGGUCACUGAACAACUUCCCAAAAUUUUCAGUUUCCUUAUAUUUUCUGCAAAGUUGACCUGUAUAUAACGGUCACCUUGCAAUUUCUCAAAGGUGACCGUUGUACACUGGGUUGACUGUAUAUCAGUGUUUCUUUGUACAGGGCACAAAGUUUGAAUAUUCAUUAUCUUUUAUCAUUAUAGAGUGGUACUGGAAAGUCUGGCUGUGUCCAUGGCUACUGCGCAUAACUGCAGUUCUUUUGUUUUUGUUGUCUGUGACUCUGGUCUGGUCUGAGGUGACGUUCUUCAAUAACGAGCCUGUGCUGUCGAUAUUUGCACUGAUGAUUGAUGGAGCCAGUGUAGGAUAUUAUUAUUUUUAUGUAGAGGUAUGUCAGACAAACCUGUAAAUUGAAAUUUUGUUCAUGUGUAGUUUAAUUUGAUUUCUAUCACUUGAGGGACAACUGUAUAUAUAGACUAUAGAACUGGGGAUCAGAAAUCAAAGAAAAAUUUCUUUUUAUCCUUAUGAUGUGCCCGACACUUUAAGGUAUCAUUUCGCAUGCAGAUUUGGGAAAGAUCAAAAUACAUUUUGCACUUACUGGUGUUUAAUAUUAAGCUUCAAAACAUCAUAAUAAGUCAAAUUUAUUUCAAUACAUUUGGAGGGGGCUUAAAUCUGGGUGGGAGAUGUUAUAAUCAAGUGCAUUUUUUUUAGUUGUUGGUACUUAAUUUCACAGACACUUAACUUCGAGAUUUUUACUGGGAAAGACCGUCAAAAAUACAUUUUGUUUUCAAAGUUACAUUGUUAGGGAUAUAUCGCUGGUGUUUAAGCUGACUUUUGGGAGUGUUCGCUUUGAGAUAUAUCGUUGGUUCAGAAAUUUUAAGUAGGGAGCAACAACUUGUAAAUAUUAAUUCGAUUAGUUUGCAAAACAUCCAUAAUAAAUGAGAUCCCUGUCUUCAAAAUUUGUUACAUUUCAUCCUAGCGAUGACAAAGCUUGGGUGUACACUACGACAAAGCAAAAAUCUUAAAUUAAACUGGGUGGGGGUUUAUGUUAUAAUUGAGUGCAACAGGAAACUUAGUUUUUUCCGACAAACAAGUUGUUGGUAGUCUAUCACUUUUGACUUAUGAAGAACAAAACAAACUAUUUUUAAAUAACCUUUGUCACGCAAUAUUUACGUUAGCGAGAUUCCAACUGUUCAAAAUUCGAACAUUUUGCCUUUUUUAUUCAUUACACCUUGUUUUCAUCUCUAAAAAUAUUUGCAAUAAAAAAGAUUUUCAAUAAAACUUGUUGAGAAAAAGACGCGGACCUAAAACUGGCCCCGGUGGAAAAACACAAAAUUUAGUAAUAGGGACAGGCUUUUAAGGGACAGUUUACGGUAUGUAAAUAUUUAUUAAUUAUUAUUUUUCAUUUAAUGUAUUAAUUUUAUUUUUAUUGGUUGCAGGUAAUAUCCUGUGUGACCAUUUCCUAUAUGUGUAUUUGUGUUUACUACACUGUUUUCAAAAUGAGGUUCUUCAACUACUACUACUUUGCACCCAAGCAUCAGACAGACCCAAACAGCUUGCUCUUCAGUGGACUGUAAGUAAAUCAUUAUUAAUCCAUAAUUUGAAAAAAAAUCCAAGUGAAUACAUGUUACCAAAGGUCAUGAAAGAAAUUUGCUGAGCAAUUAGAAAUUGUUGUCCUGUAGUGGUAACCCAUUUGACUAAAAUGAUAAUUGAAGGGGUGAAUGCAUAUAUGGGAAAAAAGGCUUCAUGUAACUUUUGAUGUUGUGUCAAAUUCUUCCAAAGUUAAUACCAGGGUUCGUACCAUUUUUUGUACAAAAAAAUUCAAGGACUUUCAAGGACACAUUUCCCAUUUUUCAAGGACUCCAUCCAGUGCGAUAAAGUUAGCACCGAAAUUCAAGGACUUUCCAGUAUCGAAUGCAAUUUUCAAGGACUUUCAAGGGCCUUGAUUUUUUAGUUUAAAAUUUCAAGGACUUUCCUGGACUUUCAAGGUGCAUAAGAACCCUGUAAUACCUUUGCCAUGUUUGUUACAGGCUACUUUGUCGCUUGACGUAUGCACUGUGUCUAAACUUCCUUGCUGUCAUUCAUCUUGAUGGGCAUGUUACAGGAGCAGUAGAAUCAGUUGAAACGUCAUUCACAAAGGCAAGACUAACACACUAUAGCCCAGUUUUAGACGCCAAACUUUUCAUGAGCUGAACCCUAAUUCGAAUUAGGGCCGACCCAAAUUAUUUAGACCAGCUGAAUUGAUUCAGAUGCGGCUGAUCAAACUAAAUUCAAAAGGAGAAAAAAAAUUAAUACUCAUUUCAGUCAAACUGCAUGCAAAAUAUGUUAUUAUUUUUAAUUUAUGCAUUAGAAUAGGCACAUGAAAGUUCGGUGUCUGAUAUAAAGCCGUUCCAAAGCAUGUUAUCUUUAGUGAUCAUUCUCAAUUCUCAAAACCUUUUCUCCUGAAGAUGUAUUGAUGUUGUUAAGAGAAAGUUAAUGUUGGUCACUCUUAGAAAUUUUUAAAAUGGAUGUAGCUUAUCUAAUAUUAGGGAGUACCCUGCCCCGGGAUUUUUAAGUCCUUAUGAUUAUGCUUAUUGUCCACAUGCUUUGUUAUCCUGCAGUUUUUUAACUUAAGAUUGUUUUUCUUGACAGUUUAUGGGCCACAUGGAUGUGCUGUCCUUCAUUUCCAAGGGAGUCAAUGUGUAUUACCCCAUGUGUGUUGUGCUAGUUUGUCUGGCCACAUACUUCAGUCUUGGCACAAGGUGUCUGAAUUGCCUUGGAUUUCAGACUUUUAUUAUUGAAGACGAUUUAUCGGCAGAAUAUGUCAGUGAGGGGAAGGAUAUUGCUCGAAGAGGUACUAUUAAUAUUAAUUUUAUAAGCAUUGUUGACAUGUACAAUCAUCAUCAAAAGUGUUUGGGAGGCUUUAUUUUAUUUCACCACAGAAACCAAAAAAAAAAAAAGACAAAUGUUGACAGAAAAUUUAAUGUUUGCAAUGUUCUGUUAUAUCCCAAAAAAUAGGGGUUAUAGUUCAAUUCUCUUUUUGUUAAAGUUCAUUAGUUGAAGAAACCUGCUGGCCUGCUUUUCAGGGGAAGAAAUUCAAAGCCUGACAAAUCAGAGGGACAUUCAAAGUGACAAAUGCUUUUGAAAUAAAUGGAUGCUGAGGGGGCCAAAGAAAGUGUCUGUAUUAAGCAGGUUGAAUUUAGAGAAAAUGUAAGGGCUUGCUUUUCCAGGGACAAAGCGAACUGUCUGUGAUAAAGAGGCAUCUGUAAAAAGCAGAGAUUGACUGUACAUGGCUCAUUAGCAGUAAGAGGUUCUUCUUCUCAUCUUCUUGUACUGUGCCUGUAUCAGUUUGGCCUAAAAACAUCCCAUCCCAAUAAGCUGACACUAAAUAUCCUAGAAUGAUGAUCAUUGUAAUGAUGCCAAGAACAAGCCUUGAGGGUGCUUUUAGGCUUGAUUUCCGCUGCUCUCCUGGUUCUUCCCGAGAAGAGGUCUGCAUCAAGCCUUGAAACAAUCCUCUACAUCACAAUAUCAUGUUUUGUUUCAUAUUACAGAGAGGAGAAAAAGAGAGAUGCUAAGUGAAGAUGGAAGCCGCAAGGUUUGUAUGUUGUCUCACUUCGUCAUGUCUUUUUGCACUGGAAAUAGUGCCACCUUCUCCUCCUGCUGGUUUAUAGCAUGAAGUAACUGAUUAACAGAACUCCAUGUGCCCGAGUGCAGCACCUAGCUAAGAAAAUUAGUGAUGCAUGUAACUCCAUCCAAGAAAUUUUCAUAGUCGCAUGACUGCCGCCUGCCCGUCCUCAUCACAGGGAAACCAAUGUUAAAUGUCACACUAGCUACAGGUGUAGCAGCUGGCAACCUGAUAUAGCACAUCCAUUUUGUGGUCAAUAAUAUUGACAGCUGUCAAAAGCAGGGUAACUGCUGAUCAGUUUCACAUGACUGUAUCACAGGCUCAGGUGUCAACCCAUCAAGGUUACAUAUUCUCUUUUAUAAAGUUCUCUGCUGAGUUUGAACUGAUAGCAGGCCCAACUUCAAGUGGAUUUCUUUGCCAUGGUUACAGGUUUAUUGUUUUAAGUAAAUUACAAAUUAUUUUGUUAACAGGAACUUCACCUUUAACGUUGACUAAAUUGAUAUAUCAAUUUUUAAAUUCAGGAAACAUGGUCAGAGAGAGCUGAAUCAGCAAAGAAGAAACUUACAACCCGAAGAGCUGAACGUGAUGGUCGCAGAAUCUCAGAUAAUGAUCUUGCAACUUCCAGCACAAAUCUAGCAUCAGAAGGAAAGUAUGUGAAGUAUUCUAGAUUUAACACUGAUAGCGAUCGUGUGGAAUUACUUUCUGCCACUGAUUACGAUGACAAUAGUUUACCAUCUAGUUACAAUGCCAGUAGCUCAGGAUUUGGGCGGUCAUCUUUGAGUAGAGCACCUAAGAACAUUUUUGAUGAUUUAUAACGUUAAGAGUCUUAUUAUUGAUUCAGCGAUGUCCUGUUUAUAUCAGUUGUAAUUCCAAGAAAGGUGGGCCUGAAGGUGACACUUAAAACUCUUACUCAUAACUGUGCUGUAGUGAUCCUAGUGAAUGUAAAGGAUGUUCGAGGGGACAACAUUAUUAUAAAUUUGAAAAGAUGUAAUUUCAGAAAAUAUUAUUUGUCUUCCAUAUAAGAUCAGUGGACAUUCUGUGGAGGAGAUCAAGAGUCUCUAAGGACAAACAUUUAGAGGGAUGCAUUAAGACACUUCGAGGGAGUAGUUUAGUUGGGG